AUGGCCCAGCACACCUUGCCCUAUCACCCAAAGUCCAACGCGUAUAUACCAUCCUUUGUCUCAGCAAACUUCGCUUUUUGUCGCGAGAUAGAUAUAUAUCGGCAACCUACGUUUCUACGACGAAAUUUACGAGCUUUUCUUGCUUACCACACAGACGCCUGUAAGCGCCAACCCACUGCGAAAGGCCACUCCACCUGGAUUACCGACUUCGCCGUGCGUGAUAGCGCAGACGUUGAAGUGGACGAUUCCUCUACCGCCAAUGCUCUACAGCCCUCUUAUGAAGACGAAAGUGAUCAUCCAACCCCACUGGUUAAUGCCAUCUCACAAGACGCUCUUUUGGCCAAGACAAUGGACCCGGAUUUCGAAGCUCCCUCUCGGCGAAGCGUACGCCAUCUUACGCAAAGAAUCUACGAUGAUGACGAGUCAGAGCUGACUCUGGCUCCUCUAAGCAUAAGGAAAAAGAUAAAUUUCAGCAAAAAUCGACCGCCGGAGGAGGAAAGGCCUCGAAAGAGAAUCAAAACUGAUCGAUCCGUGAAAAGGACCAAGUGUCACUGCACUUUGACCAUCUGGGAUAACCGAGACGGCAUCGCAGAGGCUGCUGCGGCACUGAUCGAAACUCAUAUGUCGUGCAUGGCUGUCUGGUCACAUACAGAGCGCUACGGCCAUGUAGUCGACAUCGAAAUGGAUAAGCCGUUUCGAGUAAGGGCAGGGGCCUUGAAAGUUCCAACGCAACGAAAAGAUGAACGAACGCUUGGAAUUUCGGAGAACUAUUUCCUGGAGUUCAAGAUCUGGCCGUCCAGUGACAAGGCAGAAUGGCCGCCAGUCCCGUUGCUAGGGAAGACUGACGGCGAUGUGAAUCGUCCAAACAGAUUUGCGCACAACAUUCUCUCCGGCUCGCUUGUCGCGAAAUACAACAACCUUCCUCGGCAACCUGAGGCAGAUACGCCCCUGAGCCUUUUCUAUCUAGACGAAUCGGGCGCAAUGCUUCGUACAAAAUAUGGGCUCGAAGUCUCUGGAGACUGGAGGGCCGCCAGGAUUACGCAGAGCCCACCUCCUUUGCGCGCCGAUCUUGCAUGGGCUGUUGACGACGAUGACCAAUUCCUUGGACGCAACAAGAAGCGACCCCGCGCCGAGUCCUCUCCGAAAACACCACCACGUAGGCGGAAGCAGCUAAAAUCGUCCUCACAGCUCUCGAAGAAGCAACCGAAGAUCCGCUAUCUCUGGGAAGCGGACCCUUCACAAAGUCAUCUUGCCCAAAAUGAGUAUCAAACGACUCAGUUCGAAGGACUCUACUGCCCAGCCUGCCCAACGUAUGAAGCUGGCGAUUUAUUGGAACUUCGCUUCCAUUUUCUAUCGAGCCAUUCGCGCUUCAAUUUCAUCCUCUGUGAAGAAGACUACAACCACAGCACAGGCCUACUCUGUGAUGCCUUGUUCCGCGUCAGCUCCACCGCGCCCUCAAAGCGCCGACUGGAAAUCGAUCAGGAUCGAAAUAAUUUCUACUUCGAGGCGUCUACCUCACCAUUCGAUCUUGCGACCUAUCUUGGUGGAGAUAGCUCUUGGACAGGAGAGUCUCCAGCAAAAUCAAGCUACAAAUCGCGCAUCCGGAGUCAAGCUGUCCGCUUUGACUCGUUCUCUGGCCAGCAUUCCCCUCCCAGCUUCGCCUCCGCCAUUCCAGACUUCGUGCCGGAUCCGUUGGCUAAGCUGCGCAACGAGCACAACGGACGUCUCCCACCCAAGCAUGUGCCUGAAUUUAGAGUAUCUGAUCGAAAGAAGCACAAACCAGUCUCACUGAUCAGACAUACGGGGGACAACAGAACCCUGACGUACGAUUCUAUCACCCACCGCCCUACUCAUCUGUCCGAAGAUGCGAUGUCCGAGACAGACGACGAGCGUGACGAUCAAUGGUACAUCCAAAGGCACCUUGAAACCCUGGCCGUGGAUGCUGAGACGUAUGGCCGCAGCGACCAGAAGCAAGAGCUUUUCCGGCGAUGGGACAAGCACAGGCUGGAGGAAAGACUCGACCAUAUUGAAUUCCUGUCAGAGAGUUUGGUCCGCUUUGUCAGAAGGAACAGAAACUGGCUCAGACACGCUGACGAGUCUUUGCAUGCUGCAUGGGCUCACCUUAUCGGCAAUCUCAAAGAAGACAGGCUUCUCGACACUGAUGUCAUUGCUGGUUUACAAAACAUGUUAUUGGGAGAUGACCAAGAAUCUUCACCCGCUGAAGCCCAGACCCAAGAAGAUAGUAAAGCCAAGGGGAAGCAAGUCGAGACAUUGAACCCGGCAUCUCCGUCAGACCAACUCGAAGGCGCUGUGACCGUUGAUGCGGACGUCGAGCCAGCCACUCCGAGAGCCGUGGUGGCUACUGAAGAUCCCAACGUAGCCCUGGAGCAGCUGCGCACAAAGCUUCUGCUUACGCCACCAGAUCGAUGUGGCAUUUGCCAGGGCAAUAUAAAACCUGAGCUCGAUUCCAUUCGCUGUGCUGCACGAGACUGUGCAAGCAGUGGCGUCUUCUUCCACCUGAAAUGUGUGAGGCUAGGCAACAAGAGGGCAGGGUGGUCGUGUAUGGCUUGUAAAUCCGAAGCGAGGCUUAAGCAGGAGAGAGAUGCGAAGGGCAAGCGCAAGGGGAAGGCGGUCUACCGGACGGUGAACAGCUGA